AUGGUGAUGUAUCUUAUAUUGAAUGCUGUUAUUGUGUUAUUUAUAUCAUUGGUUUCAGCUAGUGUUCCGCGAACAGAUGUAACAGUGUCAGGUAUCUCUUCGGGAGGUGCCAUGGCUACACAAUUACAUAUUGGAUAUUCAAAAGACAUUAGUGGUUCUGGUGUAGUAGCAGGUCCACCUUAUUAUUGUGCUGGCAGUGGAUUAACAACCGCUAUUUGUAUGACUGGUCCUGCAUUAUACAUUUUUGUUUCGAAUCUAGAAUACAAAGUAAAAUAUUAUGCAUCAAAUGGCUAUAUUGAUGAUCCUUCAAAUAUUGCUGGUGAUCGUGUUUAUGUUUUUUCGGGUAAAUAUGAUAAAGUAGCUUAUCCUGGUGUUGUCAAACUAAAUGCAGAGCUUUAUCAAAAAUUAAAUGCAACAGUAAAGACUAAUUUCGGUAUGCCAGCUAAUCAUGGUUUCGCUACUGAAGAUUUUGGUGCAUCAUGUAUUUUAUUGAAUUUAGCAAACUAUAUUAACAAUUGUAAUUUCAAUUUGGCAUAUGACAUGCUCAAUCAUCUCUACGGUGGUAGUCUGAUUCAACCAACACCCCAUGCAAAAACACCACUGCUCGGUCAAAUGCUCAUGUUUGAUCAGGAAGCAUUCAUGAGUUUUCCUGAUAAUGUGAGACAAGAAGAGAUUACACAAUCUGCUCUAUCAGAUUGGAUUCAAAACAAUAUGUAUUUAUACACUCCUGACGAUUGGGAAUGGUCACCCUCAGGUCUAUUCAAUUUAGUAAUGCCCAAUGAAUUGUCGAACAAGAAAUCAAUAACAACACGCCGUUCUUCAGCUAGCUUCGAUGAUGAAGGUUUUAUCUAUUUUCCAUCAGCAUGUGCCAAUGGUAAAAGAUGCUCAAUUCAUGUUGCCUUACAUGGCUGUCAACAAGGAAAACACGCUGCUGGAGAUGUUUUUGCUACAAAAGCCGGUUAUUUAGAAGUAGCCGAAUUAAACGAUAUCAUUAUGAUCUUUCCACAAGUUCGAAGCUCAUUAAUGCUUCCAACAAAUCCAAUGGGUUGCUGGGACUGGUGGGGAUAUAGUGAAGUCUAUUAUGCUACUCAAAAGGCUCCGCAAAUGAGAGGUGUCAAGAAUAUGAUUGAUACUGUACGCACAAUCACAAAAGUAUUUUCUGAAACCGAAUAA